UUACAGGACAGUUCGUUUCUUUAAUAUCUCUCCUUUAUAAUGGCACCCACUAAGGGUGAAUCAAAAACUCUUCUUACCAAUAAGGAAAUUGAAAACCGUAGAACCUGCUGUUCCAGAAAGAUGGUGAUUCUGUCAGUUUCAGUAUUUGCCAUUGCUCUGAGUGCUGUUACUCUAAGCUUUGUUACAGUCUCAUCAUACCCUUUACAUGCUUCUUGCCGUGUUGAUUGGACCUUUGGAAAACCAUGUGAUGAAGUUAGGACAUCCCUAGUAAAUCAAAUUCAAAAAUGGAACAUGGAUACUCAGAAUCUUUGUGGCACUGGACAGAAAUGUUUGUAUCAGUACCUCACCUCAACUCCAGCUAAAAUUACUGGCACACACACAACCCCAGUGAAACGUUACGUCGAUGACGUGUCGUUCACUUUUGCUCCCGGGCCAGACAACUCCUGUAAAGUGCAGGGCUUUUCAACAUCCCAGACCUGGUACGCGAUAUUGGAUUAUGGAACUAACUAUUGCAACAUCAAAAAUCUGGUGGAGGGCGCUGAACUUGGAAUCAAUGACACCAAAUAUAGUGAGAACACCAGUGAUUCUGUUUGCACCCAGUAUUCUUCAGCAAAUUGCGAGAUUUACUAGAUGAGGAGCGAGAAGUAUAAUGGCAUCUUAUCCUUACCAGUUAAUCAUAAAUAAUAUUCCUUACAUUGUGAAAAAUGUUCUACAUACUUAGUCAUACAGGAGUGAUGCUGAUGCAAGUGCUGAUGAAUUUUCAUUUCCCUGCAAAAUAUAGGCACUGAAAUGAAAUAUUUGUUAUAAAAUGUGAAAGCUAGUUUCUCAUGAUUUCUAAAAAGAAUACAAUUCUAUACGUUA